GUCUUGGUAUGCAGCCGGUUUUCCAUUUGAAAUAGAAUGCCACAGUUCUUCAGCGUACCACGGAACCAAGAUCGGCAGCAUCGGUUUCGAGCGAUGACUGCAUAACUGCGGCAUUUACUUCCUGUCAUUUUUUCCUCUCUUACUCACGUUAAACUUUUCGUCUCCAUGUGACGAACCGAGUGACGCUUUGCGGCUGUGUCCGCCUGCCAGCUGUCAAUCGUUUAUACUUAAUCCCGCACAUAAAUAGCCCUAACUCUUCCCAACUCCUACGAGUCUCCCGCAUCCAAUCGACGAAAAUAUCUCGUCGCGCUUGGAAAAUUUACUCAUUUCUAUCUUCGAUUGAGAAUCGAACUCAUUACCUUUCCUUCAUCAAUGGCAUUUACUCAAUGGUCCCACCCAAGCAAAACGACAACCACUUCUGAGAUCCUAAGUUGGCUCAAGAAGUAUCCGAUGCAACGACACAACUAAGCGACCGAUGUUUCUUCAACACCCAUAACAAUGUCAGCACUCCACAAACUGGCGGCAGUCAAGGAUGGCUCAGAGGCCAACUGGGAUGACAACCACAUGAGACUUUUCGCUCGUAUGAACGAUGAGGAAAUCGAAAUCCUCCAACUUCCCUCGCCCAAAUAUUCGGCUAAACGCAUAUCGACCGAGUUAUGCCGGAUCCCCGUGCAGAAAGAUCACAUCAUGCGUUCUCCCUGGAGACUCGGCAUCUGUGCCAUGGACGACAAGGCACUCAGCAAGGCCAACCAGGAGAUUUUCCGUCGCUUACACGUAGACGGUCUUAUCGAGGUGGUCCUGUUCGGUGAUAAGACGCUUUUGAGUAAGAGGCCGGAAGAAUGGCCAAUCUGUGAUUUUUUAAUUGCGUUUUAUUCUGAUGGGUUUCCCCUCGAGAAGGUCAUUUCGUACACGAAGCUCCGCUCGCCGCUCUGCUAUAAUGACUUGCUUAUGCAGGGUCUUCUCUUUGAUCGUCGGCUCUGUAAUAGAGUCUUGGAUCAUCUUGGUGUGCGGACUCCCAAGAGGCUUGAGGUAAACCGUGAUGGUGGCCCCAGAGCUCAUGAUUGGGGUCUCGUCCAACACGUGUACGAUCGUAUGGGGUUGGGGAUACCAGGCCCUAGGGAGGGAGAGGCAAACCAUGAACGGUCUCAUCCACCGAGGGUGUCCCUUUCGGAAGAUGGAAAUACGCUUCUGGUGGAUGGUCGAACGCUUCACAAGCCUUUUGUGGAGAAACCCGUCAGUGCGGAAGACCACAACAUCUACAUUUACUUCCCAACGACUCCCCAGGGCGCCGGCGGGGGGAGAAGACUGUUUCGGAAAGUUGGCAACAAGUGUUCCGAGUACGACCCUGACUUGAUCGUACCCCGAUGUAUUACCGAGCAGGGCACGACCAAUAGUUACGUGUACGAGCCGCUCUUGAACGCCGACAAUGGAGAGGAUGUCAAAGCCUACGCAGUGGGGCCCCAAUACUGUUUUGCGGUGACACGAAAAUCGCCCGCAGUCACAGGCGUGGUCCAUCGGGAUGCAAGCGGCAAGGAAGUAAGACUACCCACCGAGGUCAGCAAGGAGGAGGCAGACACGGCUGCCAAGAUCUCGACCGGAUUUGGUCAGUCUGUCUGUGGAUUCGACAUCGUUCGAAAUAAAGGCAAAAGCUACGUGAUCGACGUAAAUGGCUGGACCUCGGUGAAAAAUCAGCCUAGCUUCUACGGUCAAUGCGCCGACAUCCUGCAGCAGAUGCUUAUGUCUCAUGUUGCUAAAAGGAUUGUUAAGAACUGAUAAUACUACCUUGGAAUAGAUAAGUUGUGUAUCUAACUCUGUACAUAGCCUAGAUCCAUGGUUUAGACAGACAAUACAACGCAUCAAGAUCGGCUCGGUCCAUAAUGAUUAGUUAGGGUUGUAAUAACAGUUGCCUAACCUCACUGAGUCACCUUAUCAGUCCACAUAUUGCUUGAGGUAACCUAUUAUUACUACCGCGG